CACUCACCCCUUUUCAAACAGUCACCAAGUUGAAACAAACAACACCUCAUCGCUAAAAUCGCUCAAACCAUCUCAUUAAAUAUCGCAUAAACUCAUACACUACAAUACAUCACAGUUCAAACACCAAAAAGACGAUGGAAGGAAUAGAACACAGAACGGUGGAAGUGAAUGGCAUCAAAAUGCAUAUUGCAGAGAAAGGAAAAGAAGGUCCAGUUGUUUUGUUCCUUCACGGCUUCCCUGAACUCUGGUAUUCAUGGCGCCACCAGAUUGCUGCUCUUGGCUCCCUCGGUUACCGUGCUGUUGCUCCAGAUCUUCGUGGCUACGGCGACACCGAUGCUCCCGCUUCAAUAAGCAGCUACACAAUCUUCCACUUGGUGGGUGAUAUCGUUGCUCUCAUCGACUCACUCGGCGUUGACCAAGUGUUCCUUGUAGCUCAUGAUUGGGGUGCCAUGAUUGGUUGGUAUCUUUGCAUGUUUCGCCCUGAAAGAAUCAAAGCCUAUGUUUGUCUUAGUGUUCCAUUUAACCAUAGAAACCCCACAGUGAAGCCUAUUGAUGGUAGGCGUGCUGCUUAUGGAGACGAUUAUUAUAUCUGCAGAUUUCAGGAACCUGGCAAAAUAGAAGCUGAGAUAGCUGAGGUUGGCACUGCAUAUGUGCUGAAAAAUGUCCUCACAACUCGCAAAACUGGUCCUCCAAUACUUCCCAAAGGAGAGUUUGGAACAGGAUUCAAUCCGGAUACCCCAGAAACCUUGCCCACUUGGCUCACAGAAGACGAUCUUGCUUAUUUUGUCUCCAAAUAUGAGAAGACUGGCUUCACUGGAGGAUUGAAUUACUAUAGAAACUUUAACUUAAAUUGGGAGCUCACAGCACCAUGGAGUGGAGUGAAAAUCAAGGUGCCUGUGAAAUUCAUUACAGGUGAUUUGGAUAUGGUGUACACCUCGCCACACGUGAAGGAGUAUAUCCAUGGUGGAGGAUUCAAGGAAGAUGUGCCGAAUUUGGAGGAAGUGAUUGUGCAAAAAGGAGUAGCUCAUUUCAACAAUCAAGAAGCUGCAGAGGAAAUUAGUAAUCACAUUUACGAAUUCAUCAAGAAAUUCUGAGCUGAUCUGCAAAUGAAAUAGUCGGACAAAGGUGCUCUUCCCUUCAAUUGUACUCCACCGAGAAUCAUCUAGAAUAAGUUUUGCUUUAUGAUCCCAAAAUUAACAUCCGAACAUAUUGAGUUCAUGCGUCGGUAGCAGAGUCUGAACUCCAUCGCAUGUAGUCGAUAGUUUUUUAUUUGUCCUUUUCAGUUUUCAUGCAUAAAUCAAUGAAAUAUUUAAUCAUAUGUUCCUUAAGAAAACAUUAUCAUGGAUAUGGUGUUAAUUAUACCAAUUUGCUUGUAUACAUGAUAAAUAUAGUUAUAGCUUUGCACAUGCAUAUUUCUGGAUAUUAAAAAGAUAGAAGUUGUGUAA